AUGAUGUUGGCAACAAUUGAUAAUCCUUCAAAUGCAGUUAAGUGGACUAUGGCAGAGAUGAUCAAUCAACCCGACAUUCUUGCUAAAGCAUGUGAGGAGUUGGACCGAGUUAUAGGUAAGAACAAGCUCGUUCAAGAAUCAGAUUUGUCGAAACUAAAUUACGUGAAGGCUUGUCUAAAAGAGUCAUUUAGAAUCAACCCGGUAUCACCAUUUACUUUGCCUCACAUUUCAAGCAAAAACAUUGUCAUGGGUGGCUAUUUCAUCCCAAAGGGUAGUCAUGUGGUGCUUAGCCGCCCUGGCCUAGGUCGGAACUAG